AUGGAACUGAGACUCUAUGUGAAGUGCAAGUUGACUGUAAGCAACAUGAUGAAUUGCGUGAAUAAGAAGUUCGGAGUCAAGGUUCGGUACCAGGAUGUCUACAACAUGGUCAGAAAUAUAAAAAGAAUCAAUGGAGAGGACAAAAACAUAAAGGAGUAGGAAAGUGAGUAUGAGCAGCUGAUUGAUAUGCUUGAAGGGUAUAAUUAGAAAGGCAAAGAAAAAUUGGGAAAUACAGUCACUUCAACUAAUUAAACUAAUACAGAAAACACUGAGGAUAUUGACCAAGAGGAAUAUCUUCAGUAUGAGAUAUAGAUGGAUGAAGAAUCUGCCAAACUCCCGACAGCUCACUUGAAACUAGAGCACAUUCAAAACAUGUUUCUGCAAUUUACACCUAUGAAGCGAAAUUAUCACAGAUACUCAGAGUUGCUAUUUGUUGAUGCCACUAUUAAACACAACCAAUCAAAAUUAGUUUAAUGGUCUCAAGAUGGAUAAUUCUAUGGAGUUGAGCUUGGUGCUACUCUCAGGGAUCAACAACGAAGGCAAAAAUGUGCUGUUCGGCUUUGGUUUAGUCAAGGUAUCAGACUAGAAAAGUAUUUAAUGGGUGCUUAAGCGAUUCAUUAAGUAUAGCAAGCAUUAGCAGAGAGGAAAGAUAUACCCAGUGACUGUGAUCAGUCCGUUUGA